UAAGUCAUUGCCCGACAAGGGAAGCUGUCACCAACUCCAGACCUCCAAGGCUUCACACUCCACAAGGGUAGCAAAGCAGAACAAAAAUCAGAUUCUGACCCAAACGAACAAACCACAUGGGAUCGCCACAGGGUCGAAUCCCCGAACUAAGGAAGGACUCGGUAACGAAUCGGUGGGUCAUAUUCUCACCGGCUAGGGCUAAGAGACCUUCCGAUUUCAAGUCCAAAUCCCCUACCACCACCCAAACCCAACAGCAGCAGGACUGCCCCUUCUGCCUCGGCCACGAGCACCAGUGCGCUCCCGAGAUCUUCCGGGUCCCCCCUAGCUCCGGCCCUCACUGGAAGAUCAGGGUUAUCGAGAAUCUCUACCCGGCUCUCAGCCGGACUCUCGCUGACCCCUCUGCCCAAUACCCUAUCCUUAACCCAAACCCUAACCCUGGCUCCGGUGUUAAGGUUUUGGGAGGGUUUGGGUUUCAUGAUGUAGUGAUCGAGACCCCAGUUCACUCGGUUCAACUUUCGGAUUUGUCCCCCCAGGAGGUCGGCGAGGUUCUUCUCGCUUACAAGAAGCGGAUCGAGCAGCUUUCCACCCACGACUCCAUUAAAUUUGUGCAGGUGUUUAAAAACCAUGGUGCUUCAGCUGGGGCGUCUAUGAGCCACUCUCACAGUCAGAUACUAGCUCUUCCAGUUGUUCCUGCCGAUGUAUCUGCUCGACUUGACAGUAUGAAUGGGUUUUUCCAUGAGACAGGGAAAUGCAGUAUUUGUGAAGUGGGAGUGGAAGACCUCUUGAUUGAUGAAUCGACCCAUUUUUUUGCGAUUGUUCCAUUUGCUGCUACUUUUCCUUUUGAGAUAUGGAUUAUUCCCCGCCAUCACUCUUCUCACUUUCAUGAACUGGAUGGUGCAAAGGCAGUUGAUCUUGGUGGUUUACUGAAACUCAUGCUUCGGAAGAUAUCAUUACAGUUGAACAAUCCACCAUUCAAUUUUAUGAUUCACACCUCACCACUUCGGGUUACCAAUUCAGAGUUACCUUACACACAUUGGUUUUUACAGAUAAUUCCUCAAUUAACUGUGGUAGCAGGGUUUGAAAUCGGAACUGGGUGUCAUAUAAAUCCUGUAUUCCCAGAAGAUGCUGCCAAAGUUCUAAGGGAAGUACAAAACUCGGAAUAGGGAAUUAAUACAAACAGUAACAAGCAUUGUCUUCGGAUGUUCGCUAUAUGUAAUUAUAUAUGUGUGCGCGCACUCUCGCAACUACCACUUUUAUAUUUAACCGUAGGAAAUAAUCUUCACUACAACCAUGUAUUUUAAGUGAGAAUUCCCAUGGUACUUUCA